UCUGUCAAACAACUCCCCUUUUUCCUCCCUGUUGGACCAACAUCCACAGUUUAGGAACAACUGGAUAAAGAUUUUUGGAUCAAGCACAAAUCAUGAUGACCGGAUUUCGGCUGAACUUGUCGCCGCUGAAGGAGCCUCUUGGCUUCGUCAAACUGGUGGAGUGGCUCACAGCCAUAUUUGCUUUCGGAUGCUGUAGCGGAUACUCAGGGAAGAACAUCAUAUCUCUCUUCUGCGGCGAUGGCACGAAUGAAACUCUCAUUGCCAACUUUCACUACCCAUUUAGGUUAAGCCAGGUCCCGCUCAUCGAGGGAAACGCCACUGUGUGUAACCACUCUGUCACAACGACCCACAUGGUGGGAGACUCAGCCUCCUCAGUGGAGUUUUUUGUGGGCAUCGCCAUCGUCUGCUUUCUGUACAGUAUGGUGGCUCUUUUGGUAUAUUUAGGCUACAUGCACGUCUACAAGGACUCUGACUUUGGACCCAUUUUUGACUUUCUGAUCACAGCGAUCCUGGUCUUUCUGUGGCUGGUGUGUUCAUCAGCCUGGGCAAAGGGCCUGCAGAAUGUGAAGGAUGCCACGGACACUGGAGGCAUCAGCACCACGCUGGAAGUCUGCAAGGGGAGCAACAUCACCUGUGAGGUCACGGAGUUCGCCAGCCUGCGGACCCUCAACAUCUCUGUGGUGUUUGGCUACCUUAACAUGUUUGUGUGGGCAGGCAACGCCUGGUUUGUGUACAAGGAGACCCGUUGGCAUUCCCAGAAAUUCUCUUCUCAGCCUGGACCUGGAAGGCAACAGGUCCCUGCACCCAUCUAACAUAUACAAUACAAAGCAACACAUACACACAGUCACAUACAUGUACACAGCACACACAGAGCAGACACAAUUUGCAUAAAGACAUUAUUACACAUACACAAGAUGAUACAAGAUGACGAAGAGAGAAAAAAUAAAGGAUAAAUGUAUAGAUGGUCAGUUUAAAAUCUGAUGGAUUUGGAUAUUUAUUGGAUUUGGACCUUAUCAACACAGUAGCAGUUUUGUAGGUAGUACAUAGAGCUGUUUUGUAAUCCAAAAUGUCAUAUCAUUCCUCUCACAAUCAUUGCAUACUUGAACUGAGAACAGUUCUAAAAGCAAUGUAAAUUUCCCAAAAGAUUUCCUCUGAAGGCCUAAGCACCCCUGCAGCAGGAGGAGGCUAGGUGAAGAGAAGGAGUUCUAACUAAGGUUUCAUGUGUAGAUUAGCCUUUGUUAUUUUUAUUUUUUACCUGUUUUAUAUACUAUACAUCUAGGAAGAGAGGUUUCCUCAUUUCUCUGGUCCAUUUUUAGGACAAUGGCUACAUGUAUUAUGCUUUAUUAUAUACUGAUAAAUGUAAGGUACUUUGAGCUUGUCUCUUUGUCUAUAAAACAUAAAACCAACCACAAGGAGCAAGGUUUUUUAACAUCUGCCGCAAUAAGGAUAAUGUAAGUACCGGUAGUAGUCUUAACAACUACUCAAAGCACCAUUCACACACUGGUGGCCGAGGCUGCAAUACAAGGUGUCACCUGCUCAUCAGAUAAACACUUAUGCACAUUCACACACCCAUGGCGCAGCAACGGGAGCAACGCAGAGUUUAGUGUCUUGCCCAAGGAUACUUCGACAUGUAGACUGCAGGGGAUCAAACAAACGAACUUCCAAUUGGUAGAUCGGAAACCACUCUAUCACCUGAGCCACAGCCGCCCCGGGUGAUCAAUGUUUUUAAUGUAACAGAGAGAGGGUGAGACAGUUGUCUGUAGUGCACUUUGAAGCAUAACACUCUACUAUAUUAUCACACCGUUCAUUUGAAUUUAUUGACAUACAGUGUAUUGCAUACAUUUGAUAUUGGCCUUGAAAUUGAGCCAUGCAUUUGCAUCUUUUUCCUAUUUUGUAUAUUUUAUAGUUUCAAAGCACAUUGUGUAUCUAGAAAAUGACUCACUCAGAUAUUCAUUAAUUCUUUCAUUCAUAAGCUCUCUCACAGUUAGCCCAUUUUCCCCCUACUGGUGGCAAACAGGUACUGCAAUAUGUCAACAAUUAAACUAGGAUUAUUAAUUUACCAAACUAGUGUAGAGAUUUCCUCUUUUAAUGAAGCACACUGGUGAGGUGAAUCAAUAUAAAAGUCUUUAUCCUUCACCGAUUUAAGGUACAUCUGUGCAGGCAAGGAGACAGGUUAGAUGUAUUAAACCUUGAGACAUUAUACUGUGUAAAAUGGCCUCCAACCCAAAUAUCAGGAAGGCAGUUUGUACAUUCAGUGUAUGAUGUUCUUAUCACAACAUGCACAGUCGCUCAUAUGGUGCUUAAUAUGCCUUUAUGAUGUCCUAUAAAGCACUGUGAGAGUGUUAAUCCACAAAGAAUACUUGAUUGAAAGUUGGCUACUUAAUUAGUUCAGGAAAAUGUUGUAGUUUGAGAUCUUUCAGUUCCUCUGUGGCCGAAGGCUUUGAUUUAUUUUAGUCUCAACUAGGGUACCAGAUGAAGGUUACAUCCUUCCUUGAUUGUGUUGAAAUUUUGAAUAUAGUCGUGACUUUUCCAUAAAUUUUUUGCAUCACUGUUAAACAUAAAACUCUGCCAAAGCACUAUUUCUUUCUUCCCUGUUUAAGCUUAUUCCAUAUCUUUGUGUGAUGUUAAUCAGUUAUUUUGUUGUUUAAAACAGUCCAAUUUAUUUGAUUGUCUAGUUUUUAUAAAUCCUUCUUGAGACACCAAACAGUGAGCGGACUUUGUGUUUUAUAAACUAUCACUUUUUUGUCUUAUUUUUCAUUUUUUAGCAUAUGUAGAUGAUUAUUUGAAGGAAUUUUUUUGUAGUAUCUAUUGCUUUUUGAUAUACUAGAAAUGUAAGUGGGAUGAUGUAAAUUCAUUUAACUUUGUCGAUCAGCAACAUUAAAUGAGUAUGUGUGUGGUGUACUGGUUAUGCCUCUGCACUCUUGUAAUCAUCAUCCAACUAGCUAUAGCUUUGUCAAUGAUUCAUAUGCAUUUAACCUGCCAAACUGUCUUAUUCAAGAGACACAGUCUGUGACGUGCACAAUUUCAAUGUACCUUUGUUUUUUCAAUAAAAAUGAAUGAGUUUUUUCAUUAA